AGAGUGAUCGACUCCUUAUCAAAGGAGGUAAGAUCGUCAAUGAUGACCAGUCAUUCCAUGCUGACAUUUACAUGGAGGAUGGGUUAAUUAAGCAGAUUGGUGAGAAUCUGAUUGUGCCGGGAGGUGUGAAGACCAUCGAAGCUCAUGGACGGAUGGUAGUGCCGGGUGGAAUUGAUGUCCACACCUGCUUCCAGAGACCUUGCAAUGGAAUGGUAUCUGCUGAUGAUUUCUUCCAGGGGACCAGAGCAGCUUUGGCUGGAGGCACCACCAUGAUCAUUGACCAUGUUGUGCCAGAGCCAGGGACCAGCCUGCUUACUGCUUUUGACCAGUGGAGGGAAUGGGCAGACAGCAAAUCCUGUUGUGACUAUUCCUUGCAUGUGGACAUCACGGAGUGGCACAAGGGCGUACAAGAGGAAAUGGAGGCACUGGUGAAAGACCACGGUAUCAACUCCUUCCUGGUGUAUAUGGCAUACAAGGAACAAUUCCAGCUGACAGACUCCCAGAUCUAUGAGGUGUUCAGUGUGAUCAGGGACAUUGGUGCCAUUGCACAGGUGCAUGCCGAAAAUGGUGAUAUAAUCGCCGAGGAGCAACUGAGGAUCUUAGAACAAGGAAUCACAGGACCUGAGGGACAUGUACUUAGCCGACCGGAGGAGGUGGAGGCAGAAGCUGUCAAUCGCUCCAUCACCAUCGCCAACCAGACCAACUGUCCUCUCUAUGUCACCAAGGUGAUGAGCAAAAGCUCAGCUGAAGUUAUUGCACAGUCUAGGAAGAAAGGAGCUGUAGUAUAUGGAGAGCCAGUCACAGCAAGUUUGGGCACUGAUGGCUCUCAUUACUGGAGCAAAAACUGGGCUAAGGCAGCAGCUUUUGUUACAUCUCCACCUCUGAGCCCCGACCCCAGUACCCCCGAUUUCCUCAAUUCACUGCUUGCCUGUGGUGACUUGCAGGUUUGUGGGAGUGCACACUGCACUUUUAACACAGCUCAGAAAGCUGUUGGAAAAGACAAUUUCACUCUAAUUCCAGAAGGGACCAAUGGAGCGGAGGAGAGAAUGAGCAUCGUGUGGGACCGAGCUGUGGUGUCAGGAAAGAUGGAUGAAAACCAAUUUGUAGCUGUCACCAGCACCAAUGCUGCCAAAAUAUUCAACCUGUACCCUCGGAAAGGACGCAUUGCUGUGGGAUCUGAUGCUGAUCUGGUGAUUUGGGACCCAGACAGUAUAAGGACAAUCUCAGCCAAGACGCACAAUAGUUCAGUGGAGUACAACAUUUUCGAAGGGAUGGAGUCCCGUGGGAGCCCCCUAGUAGUGAUUAGCCAAGGAAAGAUUGUUCUUGAGGAUGGUACCCUUCACGUUACUGAAGGAUCUGGACGGUACAUUCCUAGAAAACCCUUCCCAGACUUUGUGUACAAAAGGAUCAAAGCCCGAAGCAGGCUUGCUGAGCUGCGAGGGGUUCCUCGAGGGCUGUAUGACGGUCCUGUCUGUGAAGUGUCUGUAACUCCAAAAGCGGUAACACCUGCAUCCUCUGCCAAGACAUCUCCUGCCAAACAACCAGCACAGCCAAUACGGAACCUGCACCAGUCAGGAUUCAGUCUGUCAGGUGCACAAAUUGAUGACAAUGUUCCUCGCCGCACUACUCAGCGCAUUGUGGCACCUCCCGGUGGCCGUGCCAAUAUCACCAGCCUAGGUUAA